UAUUAAUAACGCGGCCGCCCAGCUCGGGGUCGCGCAGCCAUGGCCAGCCCGGAGCCGCCGCGCGGCGGGGAUGGCGCCGCCCAGGCCGCGAGGGCGACGGGGGCAGAGGAGACCCCUGGAUCCCUGCAUGAGGCAGAGGCCUUGAACCCAGAAGCUGCGCCCUCUCUGGAGUGGUCCCUGAACCUAGAAGACAUUCUCUACCUGGGGGACUCCGAUGACUUGGCCGAGCCGCUCUCUCUGGAAGACACUGAGAAGCCAGCGGCGCCCCUGUUCAUCGAGGAGGAGCCUGCGGAGGCGCCCGCGCAACCAGGGGAGACCUCGAGGCCAGCGCAGGCCGCGGACCAGGCAGGGGCGGUCGGGAGCGAGGAGCAGCCCAGCCCGGAGCAGAGCCAGAGCCGGGCAGUCAUGCCGCCGCCGGCGCCGCCCAGCCCCGAGGAGAGCCUGAGCGCCGAGGACCUGGAGGUACUGGAGCAGCGCUUCCAGCAGUGCGUGCAGGCCGUGGCCCGCCUGGAAGAGGAGCGGGACCAGCUCAUCCACGAGCUGGUGCUGCUGCGAGAACCGGCCCUGCGGGAGGUGCAGCGAGUGCAUGGGGACAUCCUGGCUGCCUACAAGCUGCACGCGCAGGCCGAGCUGCAGCGGGACGGGCUCCGGGAGGAGGUGCGGCUGGUCAAGCAGAAGCUCUUCAAGGUGACCAAGGAGUGCGUGGCCUACCAGUACCAGCUGGAGUGCCGCCAGCAGGACGUGGCCCAGUUUGCCAACUGUCGGCAGGUGCUGACCACGCGGGCGGCCCAGCUCUCCGAGGAGCUGGCGCAGCUCCGGGACGCCUAUCGGAAGCAGAAGGAGCAGUUGCGGCAACGACUCGAGGCACCCCCGAGCCAGAGCGACGGGCACUUCCUCCAGGAGAGCCGGCGGCUCUCGGCCCAGUUUGAAAGUCUCAUGGCCGAAAGCCGCCAGGGCCUGGAGGAGGAGUACGAGCCUCAGCUGCUGCGGCUCCUGGAGCGGAAAGAGGCCGGGGCCAAAGCUCUGCAGAAAACGCAGGCGGAGAUCCAGGAGAUGAAGGAGGCCCUGAGACCCCUGCAGGCAGAGGCCCGGCAGCUCCACCUGCAGAACCGGAACCUGGAGGACCAGAUCGCGCUGGCCAGGCAGAAGCGGGACGAGGAGGUGCAGCAGUACAGGGAACAGCUGGAGGAAAUGGAAGAACGGCAGAGGCAACUGAGAAGUGGGGUCCAACUCCAGCAGCAGAAGAACAAAGAGAUGGAGCAGCUAAGGAUCAGUCUUGCAGAAGAGCUCUCAGCUUAUAAGGCUAUGCUACCCAGGAGCCUGGAACAGGCUGCUGCUCCAAUUUCUCAGGCAGGUGGAGUCGAGACACAGUCUCAAGGGGCUGUUUAGAAAUGUACUGCCGAAUCUGUAACCCAGAAACAACAAACCAACCUUCUUAGCAAAGGAUCACUAAGUACCUUUUGGAUAUACUUUUCUCCAAACAGACAAGUGCCACAGACUUGGCAAGAAAUUCACCCUGUAAAAGUUACAAAUGCUGGCUGACCUAUUUACAAUGAUUCUUGUGUUGGCUGGAGGCAGAACAUCAGUCAACUCUUAGCUGGACUGUCUCAUAGCUGCAGGUACUGAUGUCAGUGCACUGACCAGAGGAACAUGAGCAUCCUGCCUCCAGCAGCAAACCUCACACACAUGCUGAGCAACGGAUGAAUGUAUGGAUACCUCUUACAGUAUUGUAAAGAAUGUAUCUUGCCUGAUGUUAACCCAAAUUCAAAAACUUUGGGGAGGCACGGGUGGGGUCCAAAAGGAGCCAAUUUUUGUUAUGUAGGCUUAUAAUUUGAAUUCUUUUGUGCCGUGUUAUCAACUCCUUUUAAAAGUUUACUUUUUCUUAGACUGUGAUGACUCAUAUAUACUCUUAAAAUAGUAUCAAGAUAACUUUAGUAUAUUUUAACACUAGAAUUGGAAAGGAACCAAUAUAAUUUUGAACCCAGUGUUAGGUCUCUUCAGAUUUCCAGAAAGAUCUUAAGUGGUUUUGUAUCAGAAUGAUCUACUCGGUGUAAAAAAAAAAAAACAACCAAAAAUGGAGUUACUAGUUAUGGUACUUGGUGAUAAAGAUUUUCAGAACUGAUUCCUUAUAGCCUCUAAGGAUAGACCUCAGUGAAACACACAGUGGGGAGAUUCAACCUCUCUGAGAAAAGAUUCAAGUAUCUUUUCCAAAUUUGAAUUAUGCCUUAAAUCUUACCACACUGCCUCUGACACUUCUGGAAAAUCCAUGUAGCUAAGAACAGAUUUUAAAAAGAUGCGAUUUCACCAAAGACUGAUCUGUGCACCUCUAAUUUCAUGUUUUAUGUCUUUCACUUUCCCUGGGAAGGAGUAAAGCUUUUUUCUAUAGCUUGGGCUCUAUUUUAUUUAAAAGCAUGUAACUUAUUUGAAAGGCAGAGUUAAAGAGAGAAGCUGAGACAGAUCUUCCAUCUGCUGGUUCACUCCCCAAAUGGCUGCCACAACUAGGCUGGCCAGGUUAAAGCCAGGAGCUCCUUCUGGGUCUCCCACAUGGGUGCAGGGGCCCAGAAUUUGGGCCAUCCUCUACUGUUUUCCUAGACAUUCAUUAGCAGGGAGCUGGAUUGGAAGUGAAGCAGCUAGGACUCAAAUUGGCACCCAUAUGGAAUGCUAGCACUGUGAGCCAUGACUAACUCGCUGUGCCACAGUUCCAGCCCCAACUUGGGGUCUAUUAUAUUUAAUUUUAUUCUUGACAAUCAAAGAUCAUGGAAAAUAACCCUAAUAUAAACCACUCUUCUUGAAAACAGACUGAUAUAUACUAAAUAAAACCCAUCAGCAUGAGGUUAUGUAGAAAAGCAAUUUAUUCCAUUAUAAGCACUUACACAGUUAGUCAUGGAGAGUACAGGCCUGCUGGUGAAACAGGUCACCCAAAGUGGAGAUGGUAUUAAACUAGUGGUCAAGGACUAACUCCUAAAAAAAAACAAAA